AUCUAAAACUGGCAACCAUAGGAUUUGGAUACCAGUGGUAGCGUGGUAUUGGGCCUACUACACGGUAGUAGUGUUUAUCAGUGAACGAAGCUCAGAAGUAGAAGAUAUAUUUGUGUCUCCUCAUCAAGAAGUCUUCUUUUAAUAAGGAAAAGCAAUGGCGAAACUCGGCCUAUUGUCACGUAUCUACAACUUCCGAAUUGGUGUGAAGGCUAAACAAGCCUUUCGCGUCACGACUGGUCCUACUGUGCAGCGUCUUGGUCUUAACCUUCAGAUUCGUGCAAUGUCCGAUGCCCCAUCAGGCGAGGCCUCGUCGAUCGAUAAGCACAUCGUCUAUUCUCGUCACAAGGAUUUCGAUCUCCGUAGUCAAACAGUAGUUCAACGCUUCUUCGAACGAGCUUCCAUGUGGCCCAACUUGACAGCAAUGGAAUGCGGUCUGACUGGUCGCAAAUAUACAUACGGCAAGUUACGUGAUUUGACCCGCAAUUUCGGCAGUGCAUUAGUUCGGAUGGGUUUCAAACGAGGCGAAGUCUUUGGAAUGGUUCUUCCCAAUCUUCCUGAAUUUCCAAUAAUUUUGCUCGGGGCUGCCGGUAUUGGUAUGCCUGUUACUACGGUCAAUCCAAUUUACAACGUGGAGGAAAUUGCGCGCCAAUUGCAACUUUCUGGCGCCACCGUCGUGGUCACCAUUUCGGAAUUGGCGGGAACUCUUCGCCAAGUGGCUCAGUUAUGUCCCGAAAUUCGUCGCCUCAUAGUGGUGGGUAAACCAGAAGAAGGAUUUGUAUCCUUUGGAGAAAUGUUGCAAGACCCCGGUAACCUUUUCGACGAAAACAUUGAAAUCAAUCCGAUGGAAGAUGUUUUUGCGUUGCCAUUUUCAAGUGGUACGACUGGACUUCCAAAAGGUGUUAUGCUGAGCAAUGCUAAUGUAACUGCCAAUAUUCAGCAGCUUUUACAUCCCACAGCGAUGAAACUUACCACUCCACCACCAACUCGCCACGAAACGGACGUCCUUCAGGAGGUGUACGUCUGUAUUCUCCCAUUUUUUCAUAUGUAUGGAAUGGUGGGUGUUAUGCUGACAGGUUUGGAUUUAGGUGCCAAAAUGGUUAUUUUGCCUCGUUUCGAAGGCGACUCGUACGUCAAUUCCCUACAUCAACAUCAUCCGUCGACGUUACAUCUUGUUCCCCCUUUGGUUUUAUUUCUUGGACAUCGCCCUGAUCUAAAAUUGGAUGCAUUUCGUCGACUACAUACCGUCGCUAUUGGCGCUGCUCCAUUAGGACUAGCGGUUGCCACUAGAUUCGUCGAGCGCUUCCAAAAACACGACCUAUUGAUGCAAGAAGGAUGUGGGAUGACAGAAACAACGUCUGUUACUCAUCUCAGUCCGGUUAUAAACAACCAGAUCGGUUCGUUUGGUGAGCCAUUAUCUCGGACCAAAGUCAAAGUUCUGGAUGUAGAUACCGGAGAAUCUCUCGGACCCGGUCAACAUGGAGAAAUGUGUGUGUCGGGUCCACAGGUGAUGAAAGGAUACUAUAAAAAUCCAAAAGCAACAGAAGAAACUAUUGACAGUGACGGAUGGCUGCAUACUGGAGACAUGGUUUAUUACAACGAACAAAAUCAAUUUUUUAUUGUCGAUCGAUUGAAAGAGCUUAUUAAAGUGAAAGGCCUCCAGGUGUCUCCAUCAGAGCUGGAAGACAUUCUAAGGCGCCAUCCCAGUGUUUUGGAUGUGGCAGUUAUCGGUGUUCCUGACGAUGCUGCUGGUGAACUACCUCGCGCGUAUGUCGUCAAAAAGCCCGGCGUUGCGCUAUCUAAAGAAGAAAUUGCUGAAUUUGUUGACGCUAAAGUUUCCCAUCAUAAAAAGUUGAAGGGAGGAGUUCAUUUUCUUGAUGCUAUUCCCAAAACAAAUACUGGGAAGAUUCUCCGCCGUGAACUAAAAAUAAUGUCUCAGUAAUUAUCGCAGAUCUGACUAGACUGGUGAACGGGUAAUCUCAAGCUGGUAUAGUUCUGAAAAUUUUAUGAAAACUCAAGUACGUUGAAUUUUAAAAUAAACUCAUCGCAAUAUC